GACGCCACAUUACAUAACCUAAAAGGAAUUUCUCAAAAUUUGACAUUCCUAAACAUAUAACAGAUUUUCUUGAUUAUUCGGUUCGUAACGGAAUAGAAAUGGGUGGCAAACACAAACAGGCGCAGAGAACUAAAAACAACGCACGACCAUCGAGCUCGGGUCGCAGCGCUGAACUACUUGGUAGUACAAUACCCCAAUUCACAGGUUUCUCGACUAUUAAAGAAACCCCAUACGUUUUUCCCUCUUACGGUUCUGGUAUGGAAGAAAUAAAUGUGAAUAUCGAUUCAUCUUUUCAACUUGUUUUGAAGAAAAUGAGUAAGAAAGAUUCAACGACAAAGUUAAAGGCGCUUCAGGAAUUUACAGAAUUAGUAACGUCUUCUGAACAAGAAGCUGUAAAAGCUGUAUUAGUGUUUUGGACAAGGAUUUAUUGUGUAUUGGCUACAGAUACGGAACAUAAAGUUCGUGAAGCUACCCAAAUUGCACAUUAUCAAGUUGUUUUGAAAGUUAAAAGAAAUCUUGCGCCACAUUUGAAGCAAUUAAUCGGGCCAUGGUUUACAUCCCAAUACGAUACUUACGCUCCAGCUGCUUCAGCGGCUAUAAAAUCAAUCGAAGAUGCUUUCCCUAAGAAUAAAGCACAAGAAGCCAUCGUGUUCUGCCAAGAAGAAAUAUUGACUUAUAUUUACGAAAACUUAAUGGUGCAUACAUCAAAAAGUUUAAAUGUAACAAAUGUUUUAAAAGAAGAUGCUGAUGCUAAAUACGAACGGGUGGUUAUUUCAAGUUUGAUGGGUUACGCUUUGUAUUUGGAUAAAUUGGAUAAAGAACAAAUAGAGAAAGCUAAAGAAAAAAAUUUAAUGAUUACCUCAAAUCAAAUUUUUUGGAAGUUUUGUAAGAAUGAAGCCGUACCGAUUAGAAGUGCUUGGUAUAAUGUUUUAAAAUCGCUUUGCCAAAAAGUUCCUGAGUUUAUAAUCAACAAUUCAAAGGAAGUUGUUAAUUCUGUGUUUCAGAAUUUAGAUGAGAGUGAACCUACCGUUUUAUUUGCAGUUUGGGAGGCUACUUUACUUGUUAUAACAACAGUUGAGAAUUGGUGGACAUACGUCAGCAUAGAAAAAUUAGUUCUUCCAAAACUAUAUAAAUUACUUCGUGAAGCAGGACGAGGAAAUGCUACGAUGAUAUUCCCAAAUUUAUUACCUUUAUUAUCAAAUUUACCACCGACGAUAGAUGCGGAAACAUUUUAUUUCAAAUAUUUUGAUAACCUCCAAACAGGAUUAAAAUUAAAAACCACGAUUUCAAUCAGAUCAGAAUCCACAGCAAUUUGUACAACGUACAUGGAAUGUUUACAAUAUUUAAUAAUGAAAAAUCAAUCCAACAUGUAUUUAUGUGAAAAAUUAAUUAAAACCGAAUUACUUCCAAUGAUUGAAUGGGGUUUAAUGGAAAAUCAAUCCGUUUAUAAAUCAUUAUUUAAUCAAAUUUCAAAUUUAGUCCAAUAUUGGCAUAGAAAUCGAAACGAAACCGAUUUUUCUAAUUACGGAAAAUAUUUAGAUUAUUUUUGGAGUAACGUUCAAUCGUUAUUCGAAGGGUUAUUAAUGAACGAGGAGCAAAGUCGCGAAAAAAACGCUUUAUCCGAAUUGGCACUGAAACAAAUUGAAUUUUUAAUGUCCUUGAAACACAUUUCGAAACCAAAAAAGCAAAUGAAAGUGCAAUUUACAGAAAAUUUAAUCACUACGGAACAAAGUACCAUUAAAUCAAAAGAAAAAUGUGAUGAAACUUAUUUAGAUGCGUUAAACGGCUUGGUUUUUAAACUUUGCGAGUUGUACGUUAACGUUAUAAAUGAGAGGCUUUCUAAAGAAUUAGUCGAGCAUUUAUACAGUGUUAUUACCGAAUUUGAAAAUAAAAACUUUUUCUUUAAAUUAAACGAAGUAAUCAAUAAAGAUGGUGCUCUAGUAGAUUUAUACGAUAAUUUAUUAUCGAAAUGGUUAAAUUCCGGGUAUAUUUGUACCGAAUCUGUGGUUGGAUUGGUUUUUAUUUUAUUAAAAUAUUGCGAAAAUAAAGAUAAAUUAAAGAUAUUGGAAUCUUUCGAAACUUUACCAAUGGAUCGUUUCGGUUGGUGCUUACAAAGUGCUUUAUCUCAUCCUUAUAAUCAAGACGAUGUUAUUCACGAAUGGUUGAGUAAUCCGAAAGUUGAUGAGUACUUAGUGAAAUUAGCCCAAGAUAUUGUUAAUUCAGAAAGCGAAAAUGAUGCGAGUAAUUUGUUAAAAAUGGCUUUUACUGAAGGAGAACAAGGCGAAUUAUUCGUUAGUAACUCCACCGUUCAAAAAAUCAUCGAAAUUCUCACAAAAUGCUUAAAAUCCCCAUUAGAACAUAUGCACUCUUUAGAUAACACCGGCAGUUUCACCGCUUAUCUUUGUUCGAUUUUAUAUACAGAGAAUAAUAAAUUAAAAUACGGAAGUGAUUUAUUAAAAGAAAUCUUUAAAUUACUUUGUAACGCCAAGUACGAAAAAGAUACAAUAACAAAAGAUACAAUUUGGGAAUUGCAAACUUCCGUUUACGAUUCAAUCGAGAUUUUAUGCGGCGUCGUUUCGAUUGAUGAGGUAAAAGAAAUUAUUUUGGACUUCUCAAAAAUAAUUGAAACGAAAUUAUUCGGUUCUAAUAAAAGGUUGGAUAUCGAAUCGGUUUAUAAUUUAAUUAUGGGGUUAAUUAAAAGUGUUAAAACGUCUGAUGAACAAAUUUAUACCGCCGAGUUGUUGUUUGAUAAAGAAUUUAUAAACGAUUGGAGGAAAAAAAUUGUUGAAAUGGGAACUGUUGGUGAAUAUAUUAAUGGGAAAUUAUCAUCACCAAAUGAAAAACUUAACGUUUCCUCAGACCAAAUUAAUUUGGAGAAUUUAUUAAUGUUUUCUGAAUAUUUACUUUUAAAAUUAAAAAUUUAUUCUACCUGUCUUGCUAGGUUUAAUUUAAUUUUCGAACCAGAUGAGGUAACUAAUGAAGUUAAUAUUAAUGAAUUAGAAAAAGAAAAGGAAGAUUACGAAGAAGAAAUUGAUGAUGAUAUUGAUCCAACUUUAGUAAUCGAACAAACAACGGAUGAUUUCGAUAUUUUAUGCCACCUUUUAUAUGAUUACACCCUUAUCGCAACAAUUUUAGACAAUUAUAAAUGCACGGAUAUUUAUGACCAAUUACAAGAUGUUUCAAUAACUUGUUUUGUAUAUCUUGAAAGUAUCAUAAAAAAACUUGAUGAUAUUAACGAAUAUUUAUUGAUGAAAAUCGAGCAAUGUUGGUUAUGGGAAAAAACGAUUUAUGAUUAUAACGUUUUAUUUAAAAACCAAUCGAAAUUAGGUUUUUAUAAAUGGUAUAACGAUCGAAGUAAAUUGUAUAAUAUUUCUUGGAAAAAUAUAAUCGGGGAUAUCCCAUCGAAUAAUCGUUUAAAAACCAAAGUGCCUUUAAUAGAAGAAAUUGUAGCUUUUAGGAACUUUUCGAAAGGGGAAAAUAUGGAGAAAGUUGAUGAGUUAUUUUUGAAAAUUGAAGAUUAUAAAAAAAGCGUUGGGGAAGAAUUUUAUGGAUUAAACUUUGCCAUAUGGAGUGAUACAGAGAAAUCAACCGAAAUCUUGCGUUUUUGCAUAGAAAUCUUAGACAAUUUCGAUAUUGACAACUUAAACGACCAACAUUGGGAUUUCAUUAUAAUAUCAUUAACAUCAUGGGCUUUAAAAAUUUCCGAUAUCAAAGUUGUCUAUAAAAAUAUCCAGAUUCAAUCUUUUAUUGCGUCCGUGUAUAAUUUAUUCGCCCGGAUAGAACGUUAUUUAAAACAAUUAGAUCCAAAUUCAAAACGAGUUAAGGAAUUUCAAGAUGUUUUUGCCGAAGACGUUCAUAAUAGUUUUAUGGAGAUUUGGCUUUAUCUCACUGAACAAGUUUUGAAAGAUGUUCAAGUUAAGACGACACUUUUACCGUUUCUUCAACACAUCGGGAGCGUGAUUAAAUAUGUAAACCAUGAGUAUAUUUUCAAGAAGGAUGAUAAUUAUUGGACGAAAUUAACGAAGCAAUGUUGCGCGUUAUUGGUGAAUCAAUCGAGUAUUUUACAAAUGUGGGGUUAUGAAAUGCUGAAAGUUUUAAAGCCGGGUUUUAUCGAAAUGGAUUCGCAAACUUUAAAUUCGAACACUCCAAAUGAGAAAGGAUUAAUUCUUGAGAAAUUUAAGAAUAUUUUGCAUAAAACUCAAGAGAUUGUGCAUAUUUUGUUAAGUGCCAUGAAAUUGGGAGAAGAUAGCUGUAGAGUACAACCCCACACCGAUUCUUACACUUACACUUUCGCUUAUACAUUACUUUGGGACUUUCUACAUUUAUUAAGCGAAGCAUCUUCGGCUGAUUUGCGUUUUGAAUACGCUGAGUGGUUAAAAAAUAAUAAUUAUUUAAACAAAUUAUUAGUACAUUUAUUUAAAUUGAUGCCCGGGGAAGUUUUAUUUUAUGUGCCUUCAGAAUCGAAAAUUAAGCCGUAUUCGGAUUAUUUUAGAAGCAAAUUUGAGUUAUCAAUGUUCGAACCAACAAGUAGUUCAACUUUAGAAAGAAUCGUUUGUUGGGUCUUUUUUAUGUCCAUGUCGCAAUUACCAGCUUUCGUACGCCAAUGGUGGACUGAUUUAGAAUCGAGAAGUAGUCAAAUCGUUGAAAGGGUUACAUCUGCAUAUGUUUCACCUCAAUUGUGUAAUGAGGAAUUAGAGGAUGUUGCGCAACAUGAAACUAAAUUCAAAAAUAUGGUGAUAAAAAUUCAUCCAACUGUACGAGAAGUUGUAGCAAUUUACACUGUUGAUGAUAUUCAAAUGGAUUUGGUGAUAACUUUACCGGUUAAUUACCCUUUGGUGGGGCCUGAUGUUCAAUGUAACAAACAAAUUGCGGGGUCUUCUCAUAAAAAUUGGUUAAUGCAACUCAAAAAAUGUUUGAGAUAUCAG